UGCGCAUGCGCACAUCACCGCCGGGACACGGCUGUACCAGGAAGAGAAAUGCGUUUAACGCACAGUCCGUAUUCGAGUGUUAUGUAGAUAACAGCUUCGACAGCGUGAAAUAUCACAGCAUUACUGCAUGGAUGGAGAGAAUUGGCGUUGGCGACUAAACUGGUCUUCGUCUUAAAUUUGGGGAAAACGGUAGCGAUGGAGCUAACCAGCUGCUUUCAACCCCGGAAGUUUUGUGUAGCCUUGUAGCCAGUUAGCUUUGAACUUGCUUCACUGGUUCUACUAAACGUUUCUCUUUCCUUAUGAUGAGGUGGCACGCGUGUCAGUUUUGCGUACCGUCACCCAGCCAGCUGUCUCUUCCGUAUUUUAGUAAAUGAAUAACAUAAUGAUGUUUGGACAUUGUAGCUAGUGGUCAUGGCUGGCUGUCCAGCUUCUUUACAGGCCACUUAAUAGCCUGAGAGCAGAGGCGCGUUUCAGUCCUCUGAUGCUUUCCACGAAUCGACACCAAUUUGCCUACUGUCUUUAGUUCAGGUGGCUACAGACACAAUGAGUUCCAAAUUCAGCUUAAUCAACUAUAACUCCCGAAAGCACAUCUCCAUCUCUAUACCCUCCUCCACUGAGGCGAUGUCCCCGCACAUCAAAUCCGUAGAGGAGCUCAGAGUGCUAGGGGUGAACCUGAGCAGUUUCAACAUUCCCACACAGUUCUUCAUCUGCGUGACAGGAGUGUUUCUCUUUUACCUCAUGUAUGGGUACCUUCAGGAGCUUAUUUUCUCAGUAGAGGGUUUUAAACCCUUUGGCUGGUACCUUACUCUGGUUCAGUUUGGGUUCUAUUCCAUGUUUGGCCUGAUAGAGCUGCAGCUUACUCAGGACAAGAGGAGAAGGAUCCCAGGAAAGACAUACAUGAUCAUAGCAUUUCUAACAGUCGGGACCAUGGGUCUCUCCAAUACAUCACUGGGAUACUUGAACUACCCAACGCAAGUCAUCUUCAAAUGCUGCAAACUCAUUCCAGUUAUGAUUGGAGGAGUUUUCAUACAAGGGAAACGGCACAAUUUUGCAGACGUGAUAGCUGCUCUGUGCAUGAGUCUUGGCCUCGUCUGGUUUACUCUGGCCGACAGCAAGGUUGCCCCAAACUUCAAUGUGACAGGGGUUAUCCUUAUCUCCCUGGCACUUUGUGCUGAUGCUGCUAUUGGAAAUGUGCAGGAAAAAGCCAUGAAGCUGCACAAUGGAUCAAACUCAGAAAUGGUGUUGUAUUCCUAUUCUAUUGGGUUCGUGUACAUUCUGCUGGGCCUUCUGUGUAUGGGAGGGCUGGGACCUGCUGUGGCCUUCUGUGCUCAGAAUCCAGUGACCACAUAUGGCUAUGCGUUCUUCUUUUCUUUGACGGGUUACUUUGGCAUCUCCUUUGUUCUGGCUUUGAUAAAGCUUUUUGGUGCUCUAGUUGCAGUCACAGUGACCACAGGAAGAAAGGCCAUGACGAUUGUCUUGUCUUUUUUGUUCUUCUCUAAACCUUUCACUUUUCAGUAUGUGUGGGGAGGCCUAUUGGUGGUCUUUGGGAUCUUCCUUAAUGUCUACAGCAAAAACAAGGAAAAAAUGAAGCUUCCUCCACUGGCAGAGUUAUGGAAACGAGUGCUCAGCAGCAGGAAAGGCCGAUUGCUCUCUCAGACUGUGUAAAUUACUGACCUCUGACCAAACUUUAUGGCCUUUUCCACCCAGUUACACCAGUUUUGUGGGAACAGUCAGACCUCCACACAUUUAACAAGGACUUGAUAACAUGAAGUCUGGCGAAGUUGGCUGACUGGAGAGGACUCAGACUGUGUAGCAGCAGAAGUGUUACUAAUCAUGUGCGAACUGGAGUUUGAUGAAAAGGAAUCGUUAUCAUUUGUUUUUCACCUGAGUGUGCCACUAGCUGAUGGCAUCUUUUCUCACAAAAGUUUGUCAUUUUCUAUUCUCUUUUUUAUCUGUUCUUUUUUUCAUCUGGGAUUGAACAAUAGAACUGCAAGUAUCAUUACUUUUUCUUUAAAAGGCUGAUGUUUGACAGUGUAUGUCAACUGCCAUAUUUGCUAUCCAUUUAUUUGGUGAAAGGGUAGCUCUUUUUACAUUAAAAACAAACAGAGAAGUUUAUUCAGGCAGUUUGACGCAUUUUCCUAAAUGUGUGUAGCUUGCCAGGCAUCUCUUAUCCAUCAGCUGCAGCUCAGAGAGUUGAAAGGCUGCCAAGCAGCUUCUCAGAUGUUUACCCCUCUGAUAGCCCAGGGCUUGUUUGAUUAGGAGUCCUGGAAUAAGAUAGCACUUAAAAGAAAACCAACAUUGUUCAUAGGGUUUGGUUUUAGACCUAAUUUAGGUGUGUGUGUGUGUGUGAGAGAGAGAGAGAAAGAGGAAUGAUUGUUGUAAGCAAUACCACUUCUUGUUUUAACACUGCCAGCAAAUUAUACACAUCAGCAUAACCAACUUAACUUAUUUAUCAGUGAAAUGUGCCAAAUCACUGCAUUUUAAAAACUUAUUCAAAAUCAUUAGAAAUAAAAUUGUUAAAAAAUAAUAAUAAUAAUAAAUAAAUGUUUGUUUUUUUUUUAAAAAAGAGGGAAAAAAAAAAAGAGUUCCACACAAGAUGUUGCCAUACUACAAUGACAACCUAUAGAGGGACAGAGAUAGUAAAUGUGGUCCUAUUUCUAGGUGAAAGAUAACAUACAGUAUCUCACAAAAGUGAGUACACCACUCACAUUUUUGUAAAUAUUUGAUUCUAUCUUUUCAUUUGAUGACACUGAAGAAAUGACACUUUGCUACAAUGUAAAGGUAGUGAGUGUACAGCUUGUGUAACAGUGUAAAUUUGUUGUCCCCUCAAA